UAGAAAGAAGAAGAGUUGACCCAGAUGCUGGAGUCGGUGUCGUUGACGGACGAACCCCAGGAUAACAGCAGCAGCUUCGGCUACAACAUGAGGAGGAGUUGGAGGUCCCUGUCCAGCAGGGUUGGCCUAAACAAGCUGGGGAGGUCCGAGAAGGGCAGACAGAUCUCCAACGUACUCAACAACAUCAAGAAGAAGAUGAAAGCGCCGUUAAGGCGAAGUAGAACCAAAGAUGGUGUGGUGAAGACGGAUGUAGACACACAGACACCAGAUGCAGUUGUAGAUGUGGCGGUGCUGAAGGAUGAAGAAUCCCAGACUCCAGGUGUGUAUCCGGAUGGGGAGACAGAGGAGGGACUGGUGUACAUUCUGACCGACGUCCAGGGGAUGUCCAGCAUCUCUAUCACAUGUCCUCACCAAUCGCUGGACACGAGCAGGGUCAACACCGAAUGUUGCCACAUCACACAAGACGGUCAACUGAUGAACUGUUCGCCCACGGACCCCGGUCAGGGACAAAAGAAAUAUCAGAAAUGUUUUGGGACAUGUGCAUCACCUUUCAUCACCCUUGCCAGGAAUACCGCCACGCCCCCCUCCCCACCCCAGUACUGGGAGGUGGAAGCCCAGGUAGACAUCAUGGACCUUGAUAAGUUGUGGAAAUGGAAGACGUGCCUGGAGAUUGGCGUAGCGGAAGAAGAUUCGACGGACAAUAUGUCGCUUUACCGCCAGACGGGUGUGUGGUGUAUACGGGUGGCAGACUGUAAACGGGUGAUUUCGUCUCAGAUAUGGAUCAGAGGGAACCUUGUGACCUUCAAGGACAUUAUGUCUCGAUCUCCAGGAACAAGUGCCACCCUUAGCUUUGGCAUUGUGCUGGAUGUUCAAAGAGGCAGGAUAGCCUUUGUGGACGUGGGCAGAAACGUUCUUCUGUACAAAACUGAUGCUGUGUUCAAACAGACGCUUCAUCGGAUGUUUAGUGUUCAUCCCUUCUCAGAUGAACUGUCGGUGAAGGUGAAGCUGGUCAGCGGAAAGGACAUCGUGAUGACCACACAGAAACAGAAACUGAUUAGUAGUGCACUGGCACCGUCCCUUGUUGACGAGUCCGAGUGCUGACUUGUAGGCCUGGUAAUCUUCACUUUCCCGAGACAGAUACUUAUCUGGAUAAUAAGCUCUGGAUACACGAUGAUACAUAUGAUACAAUAACUCGAAACGGAUACAUAUCAUGCCUUAACACGCCGUUAUCAAAGGUCAUCGUAUCCCAGUUGCGUAAAUCGAGGCUCAUGCUCAGUAACCGCUUAAGAGGCGACUAACGGGACUUGGUUGACACAUGUCAUCGUAUCCCAAUUACGUAGAUUGAUGCUCAUAACUGGAUUGUCUGGUCCAGUAUCGAUUAUAUAGAGACCGCCGCUUUACAGCUGUAAUAUCAAAGAAGAGAAUAUGUGGUCAACAGAAGCAUGCUUGGUAGAUAAAAUUAAUUCCAUGAAAAAGUAGCUUGAGUCACUAGUACACAGAAAUCUAGAGUUAACUUUUAAAAAGUUUUUGUUUUACCAGGUAAGAGGAAGUAUACACUUGAAGACCAAAAUAAUACAAACUUAACCAAAACGUCACUUUGCCGAAAACAGACACCGAAACACUGCAAAGUUAAGGUUCCGGGCAGCGAUCCACAUGGUGUUCGUAACCUUACGACCUGUCGUAAAAUUCUACAGUUUAUCAUAGGCGUAUCGCUACGAACGCUUUGUGGAUAGAGACCCAGAUCAGAACCACGAUUCUCGUUUCAAAUUCACCGCACUCGAAUUACCAUGUCUGUUUUGCUCCAUAUAAAACCACCAUCAAAUAGCGGUGUAUACUUUCUUUUGAUCGUCAGUGUAUGUUUCCAUCUGAAAAAAUUGCGGUGGGGAAGCCUUAAAGCGUCCGCUCGUCACGCUGAAGGCCCGGGUUCGAUUCACACAUGGGUACAAUCUGUGAAGCCCAUUUCUGGUGUACCCGCCGUGGUAUUGCUGGAAUAUUGCUAUAAGCGGCUGAAAACCACACUCACUCACUCCAUCUGAAGAACGUUUGCACGGUUCCUUCUUUAUUUAUAUACAUCCCGAACUUCCGUCCAUGUACGUAUGACAUUGAGUGAGUGAGUGAGUUAAUAUUUAACGUCACAUCGGCAAUAUUUCAGCCAUAUCGUCGUAUGAUAUUGAUCUCAUUGUGAAAUGUGUAAGAUACCAGCGAUGCUGGAUAGUUGGUCACAGACACUAAUGGACACGGUCGCAAGUAGUGGGCCAGCAAGCAAAGGAAACAGCUGAAACCGAUUAUACAGAACUGUCAUCUAUUACAGUGUGGUUCAGUUAUAUGUCGUGAAAUCAAUAAGAACAAAUAAGAUAACUGAUUUUCAGUGAUCGAUGCAUAUAUGUCACCGCCAUUUUGUCUUCCAUCUGAUUCGGUGGUUAAUCGAGACUAGCGAUUGCCUGGUAUUGAAGUUCCUAAAUACCAUUUGCUAGUUACAUCCAUCUAUAAAAGGACGAGCGGUGGGGUAGCGAAGUGGUUAACGCCUUCGUUUGCCAUACCGAACAUCCGGGUUCGAUUCCCACAUGGGUACAAUUUGUAAAAGCGGCGUAAAACUAAACUCACUCACUGACUUUAAAAGGUAGUGGUCAUAGCGUUCACGUGUCAGGUCCGAGUUCGAUUCUACAUAUGUCUACACGCGUGAAGUCCAUUCUUGGUGUCCACCACUGCCAUUAUACUUGAGAAUCGCAAAA